UUCACAGUUCACAGCAUCGAGUGAGCGCGCUUGCCUGAGAGGCGGGACUGUGACCCGGUUAAAAUAAACCAGGCUGCUGUCUCCAUCGUUUCAGAUUGGGGGAAGUCUCAGUCUCCCGUGGAUACGCCACAAUGUCUGACUGCAGAAGACAGUGGAACCGGGAGGAUGAGCUACCGGUCUACCUGGCGGGGCCGAUCACCACCGGGCCCAACCAGCGGAAAUCCUACGGGAUGUUCAGCUCCGUGGAGGGGGCGUUUGAGAGCAAGACUAUAGACUUCGAUAACUACGCGGUGGGCAGGAAAGGGAGCCGCACCCCGAGAAGCGGGAGCCGGGAGAGGCUCUUGGACACUGGUGACCCCAUCGGCAAAACGCCCAGCGAGGCCCGGGAGGGGUCACUGACCAACUCGCCUGGGGAGAGGGACGACGCACGCACCGGUGGUGAGGCCAGAUAUUCAUCGGGGAAGGAAAGCCCUAAUGGAAAGAGUGAGAAGCUGUUGAUCAAAGGAGGUCGCGUGGUCAAUGACGACCAGUCUGUCUAUGCAGAUGUCUACAUCGAAGAUGGGCUCAUCAAGCAGGUGGGGGAGAAUCUGGUUGUUCCGGGCGGUGUCAAGGUGAUCGAAGCUAAUGGCCGCAUGGUGAUACCAGGGGGGAUAGAUGUCAACACCUGUCUAAUGAAGCCCUAUCUGGGCACACAGCCUGUUGAUGAUUUCCUUCAGGGCACAAAGGCUGCACUUGCUGGAGGCACCACCAUGAUCAUUGACCAUGUGACCCCCCAGCCGGGGGACAGCCUGCUGGAGGCCUUUGAGCACUGGCAGGAGGCUGCAGAUAAGAAGGCAUGCUGUGACUACUCCCUGCACGUAGACAUCCCCCAGUGGAAUGAGACUGUUAAAUAUGAGCUGGAGCUGCUGGUGCAAGAGAAAGGUAUCAACUCCUUUCAAGUGUACAUGGCUUAUAAGGAUCUGUACCAGAUGUCAGAUUCUCAGCUCUACGAGGCUUUCUCCUUCCUGAAGCAGCUGGGUGCUGUGGUGUUAGUUCAUGCUGAAAACGGAGACCUGAUUGCUCAGGAACAGAAAAAAAUCCUCGGAAUGGGAAUCACCGGACCUGAAGGACAUCCUCUGAGUCGUCCUGAAGAGCUGGAGGCUGAGGCGGUGUUUCGUGCCAUCACUCUUGGUAACCGUGUGAACUGCCCAGUCUACAUCACCAAGGUGAUGAGUAAGAGUGCAGCCGACACGAUCACCCAGGCCAGGAGGAAAGGUUCUGUAGUUUUUGGGGAGCCAAUUACAGCUAGCCUGGCCACUGAUGGUUCUCACUAUUGGAGCAAGAACUGGGCCAAAGCGGCUGCUUAUGUGACCUCUCCUCCUCUGAGUCCUGAUCCCACAACUCCAGACCAUCUCCACACACUACUGGCCUGUGGGGACCUACAGGUGGUAGGCAGUGCUCACUGCUCAUACAGCACUUCCCAGAAAGCAAUCGGAAAAGAUGACUUCACCCUCAUCCCAGAGGGAACCAAUGGAGUGGAGGAGAGAAUGGGUUUUGUCUGGGACAAGGCCGUGGCCAUGGGGAAGAUGGAUGAGAACCAGUUUGUGGCAGUCACAUCUACCAACGCUGCUAAGAUCUUCAAUCUAUAUCCACGUAAAGGCCGGAUAGCGGUGGGCUCUGACGCUGACAUCGUCAUCUGGGACCCUGACAGCGUCAAAACUAUCACGGCCAAAAUCCAGCAGUCGGCUUCAGAGUACAAUAUCUUUGAGGGUCUGGAGUGUCGUGGAGGUCCAGCGCUGGUGCUGAGUCAAGGUCAUGUGGUUUAUGAGGAAGGCAAGCUGCAGGCUCAGCAGGGGACUGGUCGAUUUAUUCCCUGCAAGCCCUUUCCAGACUAUGCUUACCAACGCGUUAAGUUCAGGAACCAGGUGAAGGAGAAGCAGGAAGCAGUUACUCGUGGGAUGUAUGAUGGACCUGUGUAUGAUGUCGUUCCUACCCCCAAAUACAUUACUCCCGCUCCGUCAGCCAAAACUUCACCCACCUCUCACCAGCCACCACCAAUACGCAACCUACACCAGUCCAAUUUUAGCCUAUCAGGGGCACAGAUUGACGACAAUGUCCCACGUCGGUCGGGCCACCGUAUCGUAGCACCCCCAGGUGGUCGUUCCAACAUCACCAGCCUUGGUUGAACACUUGACUGUGCACAAAGUGUGGUUGUUGUGGGGUUUCACCUCUUGAGUGUGUGUGAGUGUGUGUGUAUGACUAAGAGUGUGAGCACACGGGCAUGAAUGAAUACCUUUGUAUUUUUUGGUACAAUGGUGACACGCUCUUUUUAGACCAUUAUGAUUUUAUCAGUUUGCCUUCAGUCCAUGGUCACUGAGAAGAAGCACAUUUAUACUUCCAAUGAAAUGAGAGUGUGAUUUACAAUCAACCAAUUCAUUCAGAAAUAUGAAAAAAAAAAAAAAA